CACUUCCACACCUCACUUCAAACUUGCUCUGUUUUCCUCCAUUUCUCGAUUAGGGUUAGGUUCUGCGAGGAAGAAGAAGACGAAGGAGAAGAAAAAUUAAGAAGGGAAUAGGAAAAAUGGGGUUCUCAAUGCAGCCAUACGGGAUUCAGGCUAUGCUGAAAGAAGGCCACAAGCAUCUCUCUGGUCUUGAGGAGGCAGUUCUGAAGAAUAUUGAUGCUUGCAAGGAGCUCUCUGCUAUCACACGCACUUCUCUAGGCCCUAACGGGUUUAGCCUGUUUGUCACAAAUGAUGCUGCUACUAUUGUAAAUGAGCUUGAGAUUCAACACCCUGCUGCCAAGAUAUUGGUUCUGGCAGGCAAGGCUCAACAGGAAGAAAUUGGUGAUGGUGCUAAUUUGACUAUUUCAUUUGCUGGAGAGCUCCUCCAAAAUGCAGAGGAGCUAAUUAGGACUGGCCUGCACCCAAGUGAGAUCAUCAGUGGAUAUACCAAAGCUAUUAACAAGACUGUUGAGAUUUUAGGUGAGCUAGUAGAGAAAGGUUCAGAAAGUAUGGAUGUCAGGGUUAAGGAGCAAGUUAUCACCAGAAUGAAAGCUGCUGUUGCUAGCAAGCAAUUUGGACAAGAAGAUGUUUUAUGUUCCCUUAUAGCUGAUGCAUGUAUCCAAGUUUGCCCCAAGAACCCAGCAAAUUUUGAUGUUGAUAAUGUGCGUGUUGCAAAGCUCUUGGGAGGAGGUCUGCAUAACAGCACAAUAGUUCAGGGUAUGGUUUUGAAAAACGAUGCAGUGGGAAGUAUAAAGCGAAUUGAGAAGGCAAAGGUAGCUGUGUUUGUUAGUGGUGUUGAUACCUCAGCUACUGAAACAAAAGGAACUGUCUUAAUCCACAGUGCUGAACAGCUAGAGAAUUAUGCAAAAACUGAGGAGGCUAAGGUUGAGGAGCUCAUCAAAGCAGUGGCUGAUUCUGGUGCCAAAGUUAUUGUUAGUGGUGGAGCAGUUGGUGAAAUGGCGUUGCAUUUCUGUGAGCGUUACAAGCUAAUGGUCUUAAAAAUCAGCUCAAAGUUUGAACUGCGACGAUUUUGCCGCACAACUGGUGCUGUUGCUCUUUUGAAACUCAGCCAACCAAAUCCAGAUGACCUGGGAUAUGUUGAUUCAGUUUCGGUUGAGGAAAUUGGUGGAGUUCGGGUCACUAUUGUACAAAGUGAAGAAGGUGGAAACAGAGUUUCUACUGUGGUUCUUCGAGGAAGUACUGAUAGUAUAUUAGAUGAUCUUGAGAGAGCCGUUGAUGAUGGAGUGAAUACGUAUAAGGCAAUGUGCAGAGAUAGUCGUGUGGUACCUGGAGCUGCAGCUACUGAAAUUGAGUUGGCUAGGACAUUGAAAGAGUUUUCUUUUAAAGAAACAGGAUUAGAUCAGUAUGCUAUUGCUAAAUUUGCUGAAAGUUUUGAAAUGAUACCAAGAACACUGGCAGAGAAUGCUGGGCUGAAUGCUAUGGAUAUCAUAUCAAAGCUGUAUGAACAACAUGCAUCUGGAAAUGCCAAAGUGGGUGUUGACUUGGAGGCUGGUGAGACAGGUGAAGAUGUUUGUAAGGAUGUAUCAGCCAUGAAUGUUUGGGAUCUCUAUGUCACUAAGUUUUUUGCUCUUAAAUAUGCUGCAGAUGCUGCUUGCACUGUCUUACGAGUAGACCAGAUUAUAAUGGCAAAACCAGCUGGUGGUCCGAAGAGAGAGCAACCUGCAGGAAUGGAUGAGGACUAGCCUCUGCACUGAAAUCGAUCAAUUAUCUCCAUGUUGUAUCUCACUGAGCUGGUUUCUGAGCUUGUUUAGGCAUCUUUCUUUUUAGGCAUCUCGUGUUUUCUUUUGGAUGCCGAAAAACUUUGGCUUGGGAAAUUUUGUUUCAUAUUUUAAAAAGAAAAAUGGUUUUGUACUUUGUUCUACCAUUACUUAAAUCUCUUCAUUGGCUGUAAUCCUCAACUGACAAUCUGAUGAAUUAAUUACUUAUUGCCUCUGAGCAGCUGGCAGUUGGUUUGUUCAUAUUUAGAUUAUAAUGGCAAAACCAGCUGGUGGUCCGAAGAGAGAGCAACCCGCAGGAAUGGAUGAGGACUAGCCGCUGCACUGAAAUCGAUCAAUUAGCUCCAUGUUGUAUCUCACUAAGCUGGUUUCUGAGCUUGUUUAGGCAUCUCUCUCUUUAGGCAUCUCGUGUUUUCUUCUGGAUGCCAAAAAACUUGGCUUGGAAAAUUUUGUUUCAUAUUUUAAAAGGAAAAAUGGUGUUGUACUUUGUUCUACCGUUACUAAAUCUCUUCAUUGGCUGUAAUCCUCAACUGAAAAUCUGAUGAAUUAAUUACUCAUUGUCUCUGAGCGGCAGGCAGUUGGUUUGUUCAUAUUUAGGUAUCCGAUUUAAGAGCUAGCUUAUUCCUUUUUGUGU